UGCAUGUUGACCUUGCUCGCCACGCAAACUACGCGGAAGCGUUAAAAUGAAUGGCCACAAAUUUCAUAGGACAGUCGUCUGUAUUUAUCUUAGACGUAGAGAGUAGGUAUUAUAUUAGUUGCCGAACACAGCGACAUAUGGAACACGCCGUUAUGAAGGAAAGGCAAAAGUGGCGAAUGUUGGUCGUUUUCUGAACGUGGUCUGUAUCUGUCAGAGAGAAAUUAGUAGCAGCUUAUAGGUUCAUUUUGGAGCAAGCUAACUCAAGUUACAGUUAGUCCUGUUUCUGUCUACCAGCCUAGAGAUCAGGCUAAGUGACCAGUUGGCUAUCUAAUAUUUGUUAAUACGGCAAGAAAACUGGACCACUCAUCGUCACCAUGAGGGACCUCGAGUUUAACAUUAAGGGCAUGGUGUCCGCCCAUGCUAUCAUAGCUUCCUCCAUCUUCAUUGCGACGCUAAUGCCGCAUUUCUUCGCGGAGAAGUACUCUGUGAUCGGAACUCAUUUGGUCUGGUUGUAUUCCGUGUCUGGAUCAGUGGCCGUCGUUAACAUCACCAUCUUCUGGCUGCUGGGCAUCAGUCCGCCCCCCAAGAAGCACACGUUGAGUUACAAGGUGUCCAAGGUCGUCCGAUCCUGUCUGCACUUUAUUGCCUCGUGCUUGUUUUUCCAUGUUGUGCUGGUUCUUUAUGGUGCAACCCUACUGGAGUCAGCGCUGGAGACCUUCUCCCUGGCUGUCCUGCUGUCCUCCUUCACCACGCUCAGGUGUCUGUGUGUGCUGGGCCCGAACGUGCAGGCCUGGAUCCGGGUCUUCAGCCGCGAAGGGGCCAUGUCAAUCUGGGAUACCUCUCUCCAGAUAACCACAGCCUGCACGGUGAUCGGAACCUGGGUGGGAGCUUUCCCCAUCCCUCUGGACUGGGACCGACCCUGGCAGGUGUGGCCCAUUUCCUGCUCCUUGGGGGCCACUUUUGGGUUCCUGACGGGCCUCAUCAUUGCCCCUGGCUGGAUCUACUGGCACCGUAAGCAGCUGACCUACAAGUGCAAGUAGAUGGGUGCGAGGCGAGCGCAGAGAGGUGCGCUGAACCCCACACGCAACGGGACGUUCCACUGUGGUGUGGUGCUGGAAACCGAAGAGGACUUUGAAACUCAAAGCCAAAACUCCAUUAUGCAAAAACUGGCAAAAAGAACAUAUAUUUUUGGCCUACAUUUAAGAGAAGCAUAACUGCAAUUUUUUGUUACAUAUUUAUACGGCUUUGUAAAUCUGGAAGGUAUUGGGAAUCUUUUAACAGAGCUGUUCAAAGGGCUGUGUGUUUGUGUGUGUUUUUUUUUUAAACGGUGUAGGUAAGAAUAUUGGGACAUAUUAAUAAAAAUAGUGAUUAUAAAUGUUGUUUCUGAGGGAAAUAAAAGUCUUCGGUACGGUG